AUGAAGAAGUUUCUUGGGCUCCGGGGCCGGGCCCUCAACCUGGCCGUGGCCACAAUCGCUGGAUGUGACUUUCUUUUAUUCGGCUAUGACCAAGGCGUUAUGGGUGGCAUCCUCACCCUCAAGGUCUUUCUUGACGCCUUCCCGAUGAUCAACCCCGAAGCGGCCGGGCUCACAACAGCGGAAUCAUCAACUCGGGCAACCUACCAAGGUAUUGCCGUCGCUUCAUACAAUCUCGGAUGUUUCAUCGGUGCCGUCAUCACUAUCUUUAUCGGAAACCCUCUCGGCAGAAAGCGAGUGAUCAUGCUGGGUACUUCCGUCAUGAUAGUGGGAGCGAUUUUACAGGCCAGCUCGACCACGUUGGAACAGUUCAUCGUCGGGAGGAUUAUUACAGGAUUGGGCAAUGGAGGGAAUACCAGUACGGUUCCAACAUGGCAGUCUGAAUCAUCCAAAGCACACAAACGCGGGAAGGUUUUCUUCUGCCUGAUCAUCCUCAUCUUCAUCCCCUUCCUCCCCGAGUCGCCGCGCUGGCUCAUCCUCAAGGGCCGCGAGGCCGAAGCCAAGGAGGUGAUCGCCGCGCUCGAGGACAAGGAGACAACGGACAGAGUCGUCGAGAACGAAUUCCUCGCCAUCAAGGAGACCGUGCUGGAGAUGUCCAAGGGAACCUUCGGGGACCUCUUCACCAUGGACAAGAACCGCAAUCUACACCGUACCCUGCUGGCCUACUUCAACCAGGUCUUCCAGCAGAUCUCGGGCAUCAACCUGAUCACAUACUACGCGGCUGUAAUCUACAAGGGCCUUGGAAUGACAGACUUUAUGUCACGCCUGUUGGCCGCCCUCAACGGCACCGAAUACUUCAUCGCGUCGUGGCCGGCCGUCUUCCUAGUCGAGCGGGUCGGCCGGCGCAAGCUGAUGCUGUUCGGCGCGGCCGGGCAGGCGGCGACCAUGGCCAUCUUGGCGGGGGUCAACUCGCGGAACGAUUUCGGCUACCAGAUUGCGGGCAUCGUGUUCCUCUUCGUCUUCAACACCUUCUUCGCCGUGGGGUGGCUGGGCAUGACGUGGCUGUACCCGGCCGAGAUCGUGCCGCUGCGCAUCCGCGCCCCCGCCAACGCCCUCUCCACCAGCGCCAACUGGAUCUUCAACUUCCUCGUCGUCAUGAUCACCCCGAUCGCCUUCAACAAUAUCGGCUAUCAGACCUACAUCAUCUUUGCCGUCAUCAACGCCUUCAUGGUGCCGGCGACCUACUUCUUCUACCCGGAGACGGCCUACCGCUCGCUCGAGGAGAUGGACAACAUCUUCCACAAGGUGGAGGACGGAUGGAAGGGCGUGUUUACUGUGGUGAAAACGGCCAAGGCGGAGCCGCGGUGGUAUGGCAAGAAUGGGGAGCUGUUGGUCGAUUAUCAGCAGACCGAGGAGCACCGGAGGCAUGUCAAGGAAGCGGGCGGUGUGGUUGCGCCCGAGAAGACGUCAGGUGAGGGUGAUGGGUCUGGGUCUGGGAGUGGAAGCGGCGGUGGUGUCACGCACGACGAGUUCCGGGCGUAG